ACCUGCAGACCAGGCCAACUCACCGCCGCCCCAGCCAGGCUGUGUGUCAGGCUCAGCACUGCGUGCGACUCCGGUAGGUUAUGCGCUAUGAUGCCCGGUGGUUGACCGGGACCGCUUGCCUCGUGGCAUCUCCAAGAGCCUUCCGGCCAUUGAGUCAACCGUGCUGUUUCCGACGGUACCUCAACGGCGACAAAUGGAGCAUCUCUUCCACAUCAUGUAGCAGUACCGGCAAUGUCGGCCGGGAGAGGUUGCAGCCGUUGCAACGAGCCGCUUCCAUGCUUGGGAUGGAUGCCGGGCUUGGUGUGGCAGGUCUCAGCGCUCUGAGCGCCGUGCGUCUCUUCACUGCAAGCAUCACCCCCAAGCGCGUGCGCGUGGUGACGGACAUCGAUGACACCGUCAAAUCGUCGGGGAACAAGCGCUUGUUCGGGGUACCGCUGGGAGGGAUCGACGCUCAAUACCGCAGGGGAGUUUUUUACCCCGGGGUGUUCCAAUUCUCCCUGGAGCUGUCGCGAUAUCGCGUGCCUUCUUGGCAAGAGCCCCUGUCGGUGGCUGUGCUAACAGCACGAGCUAGAGAGUUUUUGUUCGCGUUAGAAAUCGGCGACACCCACGAAAUAACGAGGGAGUUCCGCCAGUGCGGGGAGCGCAACGGAAUCAAGAAGUGGGGGCGAGGCCCCGUGCUCUACGGCAGCGUGAAGGAAUGGGUUUGUCCCAGCCGAAAGAGCGAGAGGAAGGCCAGAAAUUUCGGUUUUUUGCUGGAGGACGAUGAGAAGGGGGGUCGUGGCAGGCCGAGCGGGGCUGAGGGAGGCUACAUUUUCAUCGGGGAUACCGGAGAAGGAGACCCCCGCGCGGGAGAGAUAAUGAGCGCCGAGCACCCGGACCGGAUGCGAGCGGUGUUCCUCCACGUGGUGAGCGAUGGGCCCCAACAGGGGAAGGUACCCGUGCCGAUGGAUCGGGUGGUGAACGCGGUGCCUGUUGUGUACUUCCGAACCUACGUCGGUGCAGCGGUCAAGGCCGUGGAGCUCGGGCUGAUGGACAAGAAGGGGCUAGAAAACGUCAUCACCGCAGCAAAGGAGGCUAUGACCAAGGUGCCCCGACAGUCCUCGAAGUGGGAAGACAUCAAUCGUGAUCUCAUGAUGGCGCAGACGUCAGAGACCCAGCUGCCUUCCAUAGGAGUGAAAACUCUCACCUCAGCGCUAGACGAUGCGUUGGGGUCGAAAAUAAACACGAAGCGGAACGGUGCUGUUAGACGGCGACCCCCUGUUACCACGGCAGCUACGAAGAAACGACCGCACUGAUACAUACAUCUUGAGAGACGAUGAAUGUUUGCUGUUGAUAUUUCGAGGCACGUUUUUGAUAGGUAGCAAACCGGGAUGGCGAGGAGGACAGUUGGUCUAGCUGUUUGAUUGGUGGCUACAUCUCUUUUAGGGUUAGGGUUAGGGUUAGGUUUCUGGAUGGCGUGGGUGUGUUCAUAGUUGAGAUUCUUCGGUGCCGUUUCGGUGAGAGCUGCUCGUGAUUCCCGUGAAGGAAAAGAAGCCGUCUGUCUGAUACUGUAACGGUCGUGUUGGCGAGAAUGAUCAAUUACUGUAGGUCCCAAUGUCCUGUGCGAGUUUGCAGCUGCUGUGCCAUUCUGUGGAUAGUGUUCCGUCCCUUGUUCCUGUUGACACGAAAUUAAACAUGAUUCAGUAUCU